AUGCACCGCUUCAUUCGAAAUGUUAACAAAGAGCAGGUUUGCUCUACCGAUACCACUCGCUCGGCUCUCAUCGCCGGCACGGGUGCGCUAAAGGAAUUUGAAGAUCUUCUCAGCAGCCGGAGGGAGUCGGCCAAAUUUGAUCGGGACAUUGCUGAUCGCGUGCACGAUUACUCAACGGCCGAUCCCGCGGGGAUGGUGGCGGCUCACCGCCAGUACUGGGGAUCAAUUUUUUGCCUCCUUCUUGACCCCUAA